AUAACGUCAUUUCCGGUAUAAUGGCCACCAAAACAGUGGCAGGAAUUUGUCAGCUCGGUCCCAAACUGGUUUUCAUAGAUCCGCGGUGUCUUUGAGGCGCCAUCUCGGCUUUUCGGAUCUUUAAGAUCCGACUAUGGUGUGGCACUUCGCACCAAUUCGUGCGUUUGCGUUAAAAUAUGGCAUCUGAAUCCAUGUUCGUCAGCAGUUGGUAGUUAGCUGUAAACUUUGGUUUGCAGGAAAGCACUAUGCAAAGAUCAGUUUAGCAAAAAAGUUUGUGCAAAGGGCAACUAAUGGAGCAUACACUACUUAUUAUAAACCUGAUAGUAUUUAACUCCGAUUAUUACUGAUAUUACUCAUGGCUUGUAGUUCUGGUUCCAAUGCAAAAAUGUCCAAUCCUAAUGUCAACAUACCGGCGAUGGCGCUGACAGCAGACGCCGUGGAUCAGAAGACAAGCCCGGUGGUGUUUGAGAUUUACGGAAAGAUGUGGAACGUGCAGGCUCGUCUGGGGCAGGGCGUCUCGGCCUCGGUGUACCGGGUGAACUCCGGCCGGGCGAGCUCUGCAGUCAAGGAGUUUCAGGUGGACGCGCAGGGGGGAGAUUACGGGUACGUCAAGGAAAGCUCUGUGCUGGAGAAGAUUCAGGGACAUAAAAAUAUAGUGACGCUGUAUGGAAUGUUCACCAAUCACAACCCAUUUGGUGUGGCCACUCAUUGCCUUUUAUUGGAGCUUUUGGAUGUGAGUGUGUCAGAAUUGCUGGUCAGGGUGAGUAAUCAGGGGCAUUCCAUGUGGUUGAUCCAGCACUGUGCCCGUGAUGUUUUGGAGGCCCUUAGCUUCCUGCACAGGGAAGGUUACGUACACGCUGACCUCAAGCCCCGCAACAUUCUCUGGAGCGCUGAUGACGAGUGCUUUAAGCUCAUUGAUUUCGGCCUUAGCUUUAAAGAGGGACACCAGGAUGUGAAGUACAUCCAGACAGAUGGAUACCGGGCACCUGAAGCCGAGCUGCAGAACUCACUGGCCCAGGCAGGUCUGGAGAGCGACUCUGGCUGCACAGCUGCUGUGGACCUGUGGAGUCUGGGAAUCAUUCUUCUGGAGAUGUUCUCAGGAAUCAAACUGAAAGAAACUGUGAAGUCUCAGGAAUGGAGGGACAACAAUUCUGCAAUAGUAGACCAUAUCUUUUCAAGCAAUGCUGUGGUUUACCCGGCUAUCCCUGUUUUUCAUUUGAGGGAUCUGAUCAAAAGUAUGCUUCACAAUGACCCUCAACUGAGAAGCACAGCUGACUCAGCAUUAAUCAACCCUUUCUUCAGCAUUCCCUUUGCCCCUCAUAUUGAAGAUUUGGUUCUUUUGCCUACACCUGUCUUGAGACUACUAAACGUAAUCGACGACAACCACCUGUAUAAUGAGGAUGAGUAUGAAGAUAUAAUAGAGGACAUGAAAGAAGAAUGUCAGAAGUAUGGCACGGUUGUAUCCUUACUGAUCCCAAAAGAGAAUCCCGGCAAGGGACAGGUUUUUGUGGAGUAUGCAAAUGCUGGAGACUCCAAAGAAGCCCAGAGACUGCUGACAGGCCGAACGUUUGAUGGCAAGUUUGUGGUCACUACGUUUUAUCCACUGAGUGCCUAUAAGAGAGGUUACUUAUACCAAACUGUGCAGUAAGGCUGCACACACACACCUUCAUUCAAAAGAUGUACAUUACAAUCAGAUGACUGGUUUUAAACCCUUGAUCUGUGCAUUAUUCUGUUGUGCUACCUUUAAUAUUUACUUGUGUUACUAAGAGCAACAAUGUUUUGAAUAUAGGUACACAUGCAGUUGAACUUGAGUGUAACAUGGAGAAAAAUUUUAGUUCCUGCUUCCAACCUUUUUUUUUUUACUAAAUGAUUACAACAUAAUAAGAGAAUUAUAUUUACUGUGUGAUAGCUGGCUGCCAGACAUUCGAUAUGUAUGCUUCCAUAUUUUUUAUUUUAGAUUAUGAAAAAACAAAUGUUUGCAGUGGGAUUGAUGCACUGCUUUGGUUUACACUGCCUUCUAAACAACAGAUCACUUCAGAGACCAGGUUUACAUGCUCUUUGAAUGUCUCCGAUUCUGAAAAUGUGUCGUUUAUGUGGCCUGUUUUCUUCCGUUCUUUUUUUCUGUUGUUAGGUUUGGUGAAGGGUAUGUUGUAGGCAUUGCCAGUAAUUAUGCACAUAUUUAUAAACUACUGGCAAAAUACACUGGCCUGCAUGCACUGUGGCGUGAUUAACAUUAGCAUACUUCACUUCACUUUAACCAUAUUUAAACUGAAGAUGGAAAUCUGCAGAGAGAGCACAAAUACAUCAGAGCGGGUAGCCUUGUGCUAUAGAUCAUCCUUAAGUGACGACUUUUUUUGAGACUCCAUGUCUAACACAAAAGCCACAAUCUGUCUCAAUCCAAACCUUUCUGGAAAUGUUUAUUGAACAAUAUACUUUUUAAGUAUAUUAAGUAUCAAUUGUGUCUGAAAACUCAUCAAAAACAUGUCAAGUAGGCUUCUUCAGAAAAUACUCGUGUUGAAUGUGUGUACUGUAUGUUGUCCAGAGCAGUGCGGCUUUACAGAACACAUAGGUGAAGAUGUCAGGAGCAAAUUUUCUACUCUGGACUGCCCUGAUACAUUGAUAAAUAAUGCUGUUAAUGUGCGAAUCACUUUAUUAUACAGAUACAGUAACAAAUUAAUUACCUUUUGUUAAAACUGAAACGCUUUCCUACAGGCACGUUCAAGUCCGUUGUAUCAGCUAUUUGAAUGGGUUUUACUAUCUGUACAAUAAUGGUGAGUGAUUUUGAAGUGGCAACAUUAUUUAAAGGCUUUUCCGGUUGUGAUGGGUAUAUUCCUGGUAUCAUAGUGUUUUCCGAUCAGUUUGUCUGUGACUGCAUGAUGUGGAGUCUUUAAUAGUACUACAGAGCUUUUCGACUCUUGAGCAGUUCUUUGUAGGAGUGUUCUCAUUUACUUCAUGAAUAUCGUCUGAUGGUUUGUCAGUCACCCAGAUUGAUUGUUUUUCUUUCUGCUGUCCAGUGAAUGCCAUAAAGUCAGUUUUCAGUGUCCUGCAGUCUAGAGACAUGAUAUUCACUUCCAGGGCAGUGAGCUCUUAUGAUAAGUGUACAAGACAAUGUGAGGAAAGAACAGUUGAAGUUUUUACUCUAGAUGGGGUAUGGAUUAGAUGACAUUGUGGCUGUUAUUUGUAAGGAGUGUUUUUAUACACUUACGUAUCUCUCUCACUCUUGCACAUUAAUGGUGAUGACAUUUGAAAGAAUGAUGGAGAUGGUGAGCAAGAGAUCUUUUAGUAUCCUUCUUAUAUGAAUCCGGUCUGCUGCCACUGGACAAUGCGAUUCUUGAAUAGAAAGAUUCAGUUGUCUGUGUGAAAUGCACUAGGCAUUGGAUUGGGCUAAUAAUUGUAGGUGUUACAUGUUUGAACAAACUCUCCUGAUAUAAAGAGAGAACCUGUAUGAGCUCAGAUGAACGAAUGAAGUAGCCUUGGCUUCUGAUUUACAGUAAGGAGACCAUUUCCUUUUCUUGUUUUAUUCCUUUUCCUGUUUAAGCCAACUACAGUGCGCGAAUAAUUGGCUUUUAGGAUAUUGGAUAACAGUACACAUAGGCUAUAUUUACUCAGAAACAAGACUUUCCAAUUAUAGUUAAAAAACAAUAUUAUGAUGAAACUAUGUAGUUGGUUAUGAAACAGUGAAUUUUAAUUAUUAUUGUGUGAUUACUGUAGGUCUAAUGGCAGUCAAGGAAAAAUGCUCUUAUGCAUCAGAACAUUAAUGAGAAAGGAACUUUUUUUUAUUUUAUCAAGUUUGAUGAUGAUGUGAAGCCUCCUUGAAUGGAUGAUGAACAGAUUCAGAUUCAUAGAAGUCAAUCUUGGUAAAUUUUACAUAUAUGUGACAAUCACUUUGAGGGCAUCUUGUGACUAUGAGUCAUCCAUACUUUAAUUUAGCCUGUUAUUUAUAUAAAUUCACAAUUUAGUUUUUUUUUAAUUGAUCAACUACUUUUUUUUACAAGCAAUAUCAUCAAAGCUGCUCAAAUAGAGCCCAGUCCCCUUCUGACACUUUUGAAAAGCACAAAAGAUUUUUAUGACUAACUACUGCAUAGAACCUGAGAUGUGUGUCAGUCAGGGAUCAUUUCAUGCUGCCUUAAUAUUUUUUUUUUGUAUGCUGUAAUAAUGUCAUAGUCAGUACAUGGUAGACUGUGAGAAAAGUGCCAAAAUUGUUUCAAAACCGCCUUUUCCCCCCCACCAGCAACCCUGGAGAAAUACCCAAGACUGCAGGGAAGCCUUAUAUACAUUUAUCUUGAAAUGCAUUUAGCCUAAAUGCUUUUACAUGUGCCCAGAAACAUUACAAUCUUUUCCUGAUGGAUGCCAGAGAUCAUAUGAACAGUAAAGCACAGUGCUGGAGUUUGGCUGGCCUUUGUGUUUGUGCAGUGAGUAAUGAACCUCCCAAGAGAAAACGCUGCAGGGUGUAACCACAGAUAGACAUGGGGGUCAAAUGCUCUUUGGGCCUUAAUAACACGAGAGAAAGAUUGGAGAACUAGAUGGCAUCUUGAAUGGUGAGAUAGAUUUUGAAUUGGUGACUAGAACGAACAUGCAACCAAAAUGCAUGCAAACGGCCUUUAUAUUAAUGAUCAUAAUUUCCUUUGCAACCCUUUUUAAAAAUGUAUUGGCUGUUUUAUUGGUUUCAAUAUUGCAAUAAAGAAACUUAAGUCAUAUCACACUUAGCACACAUAUGACCUUUGAAGGAAAGGUGUAAGAACUCACCUGACAGUACAGUCAUUUAAAGUGUGAACUUAUAAGGCAGUAAGAUGAUAAGAUGACAUGAAUCAUGUGUAGAUUAUAAAAUAUAAGGGUUAUAGGUCAGAAACUGAAUGUGUGGCUUUGUUAAGGUGAAAAACAAUCAAGAAAGUCUUGUGCUAUUGAAAUUGCUCCGCUUUUUUCGUACUGCGUUGGGUUUCAGACGAUUCUUCAAAUCAUUGUUAACCUGAGAGCUGAGUAAACCGACAACAGAAGUGAGUUCAUGUGUGAUCUGCUGUUUGUAGUGAAAAGUCAUGGUACAUACUGACUUCUCAAAGACAUAUAAUGCAUGAAGUGGGCUACCAUGAUCAAAAUGUUUGUAGAAAUAGUGUUUACAGUAUAUUUAGGGUACACAAGUGCAUUACGGUGGUUGAAAUGCAGGGUUUAUAGUAUCAAAGCAGUAAGGAUGACAAUGUGAAUUGUGAUAAAAUGUCUCUCAUUGUUUUGUAUGCAGAUUCUAUUUAUGAUGCUUCCCUUUAAAACAUGCUUUUCAUAUUGAAUCUUUCAUUGUUACUGAAAAUAUGCAUUUACAACUGUGAAAAUUCCCUCCAGAGCUAUUAAAAACAUGUCUGAGACGUCCAGUCCAAAGGAUAUUCUUUGAUUAGCUUAUGUAAAUCUGGUAUGGUUAAAGUUUAUAAUUUGAUAACAAGAUUAAAAUGAGUGUAUUUAAUAGUUUAUUGCAUUGGAGGUGUGGUGCUGGUGGCCUACAUUACCAUUCUUUUGCUCCAUAUUCAGACAAUCAUGUGUUCUUCUCGCAUAACCUUCCUCAUUUCAGUCUUAUGUGAUUGAGCUCUGCCUUAAAGUCCACAUGAUAUGUGGCAGGGAAAACAAACCCAAACUUGAAUUUGAACAUGCUACAAAGUAUAAAGAUGAUCUUAACAUUGAGUGUGAGGAUGAGUGUUUUCUGUGCUAGAGUAAAAAAGAUGUUGUAUAUGUCAUUUGUAAAAUGUAAGUUGAGCAGAUGAUCAUGGGAGACUGUGACUUGAGAGCUCUCGAUGGAAUGAAAAAAUGUUCAUGUUUCACACAAUAAAAUGUUAAUGUCUGUAUCAUGA